AUGUGCAAGCGACCGGAUUUCCCGGCGGACAUCACGGGCGACGACUCCGUCAGUCUCGACUUUCCCGCGCAACCACAGUCUGGCUGGCCCCCGGGCGCGCAUGGCGCUGCCGCCUCCCCUCACCUCUCCGCAUCGCAACUCCCCAUGCCGCCCUUCACGCUGCAUUAUCCCACCGCCUCUCCCGCCGCCGCUUCUCACGCUGCCGCCGGAGUCGCGUCGCAGCAUCUAGACUGGCUGGCGUGCGGCCCGGCGUUCCUGUCGCCUGUCAGCCUCCUCCCCGCGUUCCCCUCGCCUGGCCCUCUGCUCGUCCCACCGCCUCUCCUCGACGCUUCCAAUCCCACCAGCGAAAUGACCGCGCGUCUCUCCGCAUCUCACGGCCUCACCAGCCCGCGCGGCGCCUGGACUUCCGCCGCCAACCCCGCCGCCAUGCGCGGGUCACCGCCUUCCCCUGCCGCCGCCACUGCAACCAGCGCGCUGGCCGCCGCGCAGACGGCAUCGGCGGCGGCGACGGCGACGACCGGCGCAGCAGGGGGGGGAGGAGCAGGAAUGGGAUCAGGAAUGGGGGCAGGAAUGGGGGCAGGAAUGGGGGCAGGAAUGGGGGCAGCAAUGGGGGCAGCAAUGGGGGCAGCAAUGGGGGCAGGAGGAAUGGGAACAGGGGCGGCACCGUGGAUGUCGUUUAUGGGACCGUCCCUAACAAUGGGCGCCAUGCCGCAAGGAUUUCUGAUGCGACCGAGCGCGGCGCAAGCAGGAGGGCACGACGUGGGAAGGAUCCCCGUCAUGAGCGAGAAGAAGCAGAAACGAAUCGUGUCGAACCGAGCUUCAGCCAAGCGAUCACGGCAGCGGCGGCAGCAGAGGCUGGAGGAGCUGGAGGUGAUGGCGGCGCACCUGCAGGUGGACGGGGCGGACGCACGCAAGGGAUUGGCGGACGCCACUGCCAGGCUGGCAGCGCUGCAGCACGAGCACACGGACCUGCUGCAGCAGGUGGCGGAGCUGCAGAGGCUGCUGCAGCUCGCGAAGCAGCGGUGA